AUGGGAAGGAAAGUGCCAGAGGGCUUGGGGUUAGCGCCUGGGCCUGCACCCAGGUCUUUGGAAGCUUUGCAAGAAGCCCAAAAUGACCCCUCCUUGUCUGCAGAUGAAGGAGCCACACAUGAUUUACCCACGCUCGAGACCUUAGAGGAACAGCAAUUGUAUGCAUCUGCGGUGCAUGCUUGGGGAGAAACCGAAUCUGAGUCAGUACGAGGACGCUAUGGCGUUGCUUUCAAACUGUCUCUCAUUUUGGCGCUCGCCCUUUGCGCGUCCUAUAGUAUGGGUAGCAAGGCUUGGGGAAGGGGUAGGAUGCGGAGUUCCAGCAUGGGUUCAUUUGCACAUGUAGCAGAUGACGAAACGAAUUUUGGUUUAGGCAGCUCGACAGGAAGGGGAAGAAGUAUGCGGGAGCUUGAAGAGGACAUGCACAAGGCGCUUGUGGAGUUUAUGCGAAGACCAGAACGCCAUGAAUCUCUGCCGAUGGAAAUAGUCUCCGGCGUUGCUCCAGGGAAAGACGAUGCAGCGGCGUGUUUGGCCCGUGCAGUGGAUGCCCUGCAAAAUGCAUCUGCCUCUACACAACGAGAGGUCGCUGACAAAUACCUCGCGGAAUUAUUAAGGGAUUCCGAGGAUACCGAUCCGGAGCUGGAAGAAGCUCAAAGUGCGAGAACUGCGCUUCUGGUUGCUGUUCUGGACGCCUUUACAGCCAGAGUCAAAGCCAUGGAGCACCUCAGGCUAAUUGAGGCAGCUGCGGCAGAAGAGGAGGCGAGAUUAAAGAAGGACAAGUCGAGGGAGCGCGUAGGGCUCGCGCAUUUGCUGAGGGAGGUGCAGGGAGCUCCUGAAGAAGCUGCUGAGGCAACAGCGCAGCGGGUGGUAUCGGCUUCCACCUCCGUCCCGUGGCUGAAGGCCAAGCGGCUCCUCAAUUAUAUCCAGCUUUCACGGGGAAAGCUUGUGGGGGACUCGAAGGUGGCUGCUGCGCUUUUACGUCCCCUAAACGACGGAAAGGAUGCGGCCAUGCGAGAGAUACUCAUGCCUUUUGAAUCACACGCAGUAUCUCUCAUGCGGAAGCAUACGACGUUAGAGGGACGAGAAUGGGUAAGGAUUAAGACAGAAUUAGAAGAAUACCGGCUUGUCCGGGAUAUGAUGAAGUUCCUGGAGGCCAAGGGGCAGGGCAAAGUUUUCCUGGAAAAGGCCUCUGAUUCGCUUUGCGCAAUGCAUCGGCUCGAUAGGGCAUGCAGAUCCGGGGCCAGCCAACGUGAAGACUUCUGGGAGUUUCUCAGAGAUCACUGGUCAGCACAAGUCCACGACAAGCUGUGCGAACUCCUCGAAGCACAGAGCCAAAAAUUUGAGAAACACAAAUUGGGCAGCCGGUCUUAUUUGGCAAGCAGUGCUAAGAAUUUCUUGAGUACGUAUGCCCCAAAAGUUAAGCAAGUGGACGUGCUGCUGCUCCAAGCGGCUAUAGCUCUUCUUUGA